CACCCUCUCCCGCCUCCGGAGGAGGAGAAGGAGGAGGAGGAAGACGGAGAAGGAGACGGAGAGGCGCCUCCGGGGAUCCCGGGGAUCCCAGCAGGUAGGGGGAUCCCCCUCCCGGAGUGGGGGGGCAGAGGGAGCCCCGGAGCCCCUCCCUGGGGCCGGGGGCGGAGGGGUCUUGGGGGCGCCCCCGUCCUGCCCCCAAAGGAGAGCCAAGCGCGCCCUCCUCCAGCCCCGCAGCCCCUGGGCUGCAACGCUGCUCCGAUUCGGGGCUGGUUUGUGUGUCCCCCCCCCCUUUGGCAAAGGACUGGGGGGUGUCUCUGAGCACGUGCAGAGUGCAGCUCCGAAUCUUCCCGCGGAACCCCGCCCCCAGUCCCGUUCCUCCGCUUCGUGAAGUUUGACGGAAGAGGGAGGCGGGUGGGGUUACCCCUGAGCACGUGCAGAGUCCGAGGGCGCGCGCUUAUCUUUUAUAUCCAGACGUAUCAUAAGAGUUCGUUGCCGCUUGAUCUGUAGACAGAACGGCGGCGGCAGCAACCUCAGAAUGGUUUGCGCAGAAAUUAAUAACAACAUCCCAGAAUCAUGGAACGGUAUAGCUGGAAGGGAUCCUGAGGGUCAUCUAGUCCAACCCCCUGUAACGCAGGGGGGGGUUAUUGUCCGACGUGGGACUCGAACCCACAGCUCUGAGAUCUGUCAAACAGAAGAAUGAGCAGCGCUAAUCUGAGACUUUCAAAAAGUGGGAGUAGCAAGAGAUUAAAACUCCUUUAUAAACGAGGAGGAACAGUGCCUCUGAGCAUGUACAGAGCACCAAGGGGUUAGGGGUAAGCCCCUUUGUGGUCUGCGACUGGAGAAUGCUGCUUUGCACACAAAAAAAACCCCGCUUGCAUCGCCAGUUUAAAAAAUAUCAAUAUUGUGGGAGCAACCCCCCUCCCCGUGUUUGGACGAGUCCAAAGAAACCCAGAGGGGCUGCCAGACUGGCAGUCCCCCCCUGUGCCUGGCUUGGUACAUUCCUAGCCCUGUGCCCUGGUGCUCCCUUCAACUUCUUCCUGUUUGGGGCACCCGGUUGGCCCCUGGAAGAACGGACGGGGCUGGGCACUCGCGGUGCCGGGGUUGGAUUGGAUGACCCUCGGGGCCCCUUCCGACCCGAGAAGUCACUGAGAAUUUAAACUGCGCUUCUCUUUCCUGCCUCGAACCCGCAGCCCGCCAUGGCGACGCCGGCCAACGUGCAGAGUGCCAGCAAGACCUGGGAGCUCAGCCUGUACGAACUUCACCGGACGCCGCAGGUGAGGAGGAGGAAGAGGAGAAGGCCUGAUGCCGGGGGGGGGGGCUGGGUUUGGGGCAGGGGCCACGAGGGACCUUGAAAGAGCCCCCUUUCUCUUGACCUUCCCCACCCCUCAAAUAUCCGGGUCUAGUGGGAAGAUCUUCUAAGUCCCUCUCCAGGUUCCAGAUUUAGGGGGAUCACAAAUUAGGUAGCUGUGGCGGUAGGAGGUUUUGUAAAAAAAUUUAAACAUUGCCUUCCGUUUGUUUUCUUCUAGGUAUUUAUUUGUACUUUGCUAGAGGAAUAAACACAAUUCACAGGGCACCUUGCACUAAUGUGCUUCCUGCUAAGAAGUUUUAUUCUUUCUUACCUUUAAGAGUUUCUGCACUAUUUAAUAAGUUGUACGCUGUCCUGGGCGUUUGUGUGUAGGAAACCGAUAAGUCUCUCUGACUUGUCCAAAUCCUUUGUUUAUAUUUAUUUCUCUCCGCACUGCCGCUUUGGUUUUUUUACUCAUUCUCUGUUGCAUUUUUGGGCUCGUGCUGAUCGUUUCUAUGCUGUCUGCUGCCUGGAGAUUUUGGAAGCAUUAAAUCAAGCAGUUCAUAAAUGCUUUGGCAUGAAUAGAUUCAUAAUAAUAGAUUCGCAAGCUUUUCCAGCAAAAAAACUGGGGUGGUUGCCGGUGGGCUUCUGGAAUCACAGAAUCGUAGAUUUGGAAUCUCAGCUGAAGCGUCGCUGACAGGCGGCCAAAGAAUUGUAGCUGGGAGGGGGACCCCAGCGGUCAUCUAGCUCAACCCGCUGCAAGGCCGGCCACGCUCCCAUUUAGCUCCCUGGAAGCUCAGCAAGGAAGCUCUCUCUUUUUCAGGAGGCCGUAAUGGAUGGGACGGAGAUUGCCGUCUCCCCUCGAAGCCUCCACAGCGAGCUGAUGUGCCCCAUCUGCCUGGACAUGCUCAAGCACACCAUGACCACCAAGGAGUGCCUGCACCGAUUCUGCUCCGACUGCAUCGUGACGGCCCUGCGGAGCGGGUGCGUGGGGCCCGGGGGGUGGCAUUCAGGGGGGCGGCAGAGAGGCAGGUCCCAGAAAGGCCCAUCCGGAGUUCCCGCAAGUGAGCUGGUCCCAAGCUGUCCGGGGCUAGUGGCGAAUUUGGCCCGACUACAAAUGGAUACCUGGUCCGAAAUCCAUGAUCCCUAUACAGUGGUGCCCCGCAAGACGAAUGCCUCGCAAGACGGAAAACCCGCUAGACGAAAGGGUUUUCCGUUUUUGAGUUGCUUCGCAGGACGAAUUUCCCUAUGGGCUUGCUUCGCAAGACAAAAAUGUCUUGCGAGUCUUGAGAUUUUUUUUCGCUCCCCCCCCCUUUUUCUAAGCCGCUAAUAGCCUUUUAGCAGCUAAUCCGCUAAGCCGAUAAGCCUUUAAUAGCCGCUAAACCGCUAAUAGCGCUAAUCCGCUAAGCCGCUAAUAGGGAUGCUUCGCAAGACGAAAAAACCACUAGAUGAAGACACUCGCGGAACGGAUUAAUUUCGUCUUGCGAGGCACCACUGUACAGCCUAGGACCCACAUACCUACGGGACCGCCUCUCCUGGUAUGCCCUGCGGAGGACGUUAAGGUCCACAAAUGACAACAUUUUGGAGGUCCCAAUCUGUAAGGUGGUUAGCUUGGUCUCAACUAAGGCCAGGGCCUAUUCAUCACUGGCCCCGACUUGGUGGAACGCUCUGUCCCAAGAGACUAGGGUCCUGCGGGACUUGACAUCUUUCCGCAGGGCCUGCAAGACAGAGCUGUUCCGCCUGGCCUUUGGUUUGGACUCAGUCUGACCCUUAUGUUUCCCUCCCCUUAUGGUCUUGAUUUAUCAGCUACUUUAAAAGGAGGCUGCAUUUUAAAUUGCCUUUUAACCUGUAUUUUAAAUUGGGGUUUUCCCCCCUUUUCCUCCCCUCCCCUCUUUUCACCCUAUUAUGUUUUUACUGUGAUUUUAUUGGUGUUAGCCACCCUGAGCCCGGCUCUCGCCAGGGAGGGCGGGGUAUAAAUAAAAUUUAUCAUUAUUAUUAUGACUGACCAUUGCAUUUCUCUUGAAGCAACAGUUAAAAAAUAUAUACAGUCAUACCUCGGGUUACAGACACUUCAGGUUGUGUUUUCUCUGGUUGCAGACUGCCAAAACCCGGAAGUACCGGAACAGGUUACUUCCAGGUUUCGGUGGUCGCGCACAAAUCGCAACCCGAGUGUCCACUGUAAAUUAAAACUUAAUCACUUAAUAUAACUGAAAAUUACUAUUUAAGGCCUUAAUUAUUAUGAUAGCACAGCUUGUUCCCCAAGUUUUAUGGCAAUCGCUCAGAAUUUGGCCACCCUUAACUUGAUCUCAGGAUCCUUGUCCCCUACCAGGUAUUUUAGACGUUGAAGUUUGGAUUCAUUUGGAGAUUUUUGCAUAAAUACUGAGCGUAUAUCCCUGUAGAAAUGGCAGCGAAACAAGGCAUGAGGGUUUCUACCUCCAUCAAGCCGCAGGGGCAGACUCGUUCCGCGUAUUAUGGUUUACCCUUGAAUCUGCCCUGCAAUAAGGCAGAUGGCAGCACGUUGAAUCUAGCAAGGGUAAAUGACCGUCUAAAUUUGGGUAUUUGUAAUUUUGACAAAUAAUUUGCUGGGGUAAAUCCUCUCCCAUUAUCUUUUAUUGCUGGGUGUUUAUUCAUCUCACUCAUGCGGCAUGAAGCAAUGGGAAGCAGCAGCUCUUACCACCAGAAAGUUUUUUCCUGAUGUUGCGUAAUAAUAAUAAUAAUAAUAAUAAUAUAUUUAUACCCCACCCUCCCCAGCCAAGACCGGGCUCAAGGUGGCUAACACCAAAUAUAAAAACGAUUGAUUAGAAUACAGCUUAAAAAACAAAAUUAAAAUACAACAUUAAAACAUUAAAAUGCAGCCUCAUUUCGGUAGAACUCAAUCAAAAACUUUUUUGGGGGUAAAAACCAAACUGGUCCUACAUGGGCCAGAAAAAAGCCAGGGAAGUCCCCGAAUAGGAGUUCCAACACAGAAGGAGAAAGGAAAAAAAGAAAAGAAAAGAAAUUCCCUUUCUUGUAACUCGAAGCCACGGGUUCGAGUCCUGCCCUCUCUAAAGCAAGGAGUUCCAAGCGCUGCAGCCCCGCGACCCUUUCCUGCUGCUUCCUCACGCUCCGCCCGCACCUUGAUUUUGGUUUCCCGGUUUCCUCCGCCGCAGGAACAAGGAGUGCCCCACCUGCCGCAAGAAGCUGGUCUCCAAGCGCUCCCUGCGCCCCGACCCGAACUUUGACGCCCUCAUCUCCAAGAUCUACCCCAGCCGGGACGAGUAUGAGGCCCACCAAGACCGCGUCCUGGCCAAGCUCAACCGCUUGCACAACCAGCAGGCCCUGCGCAGCAGCAUGGAGGAGGGGCUCAAGAUGCAGGCCAUGAACAGGUAUGGGGGCUCAGGCUGGGGGGGGGUCUCCGGCCCUGACCCCGAGAGCCGCCCUGAGCCCGGCUUCAGCUGGGGAGGGCGGGAUAUAAAUAAAAUCUAUUAUUAUUAUUAUACACCUCCUCUCGAGAUUCGCAGCCAGAUCCCUUUCGGAUCUCCUCUGGGUCUUCCCAGCGCAACCUUGCUAUUUGGGACCACAUGUCUGGAGGCGGUUGGAGGAUGGAUGGCGGCUAACAGAUUGAGAUUGAAUCCUGACAAGACAGAAGGACUGUUUUUGGGGGGACAGGGAGCAGGCAGGUGUGGGGGCCUCCCUGGUCCUAAAUGGGGUAACUGUGCCCCUGAAGGACCAGGUGCGCAGCCUGGGAGUCAUUUUGGACUCACAGCUGUCCAUGGAGGCACAGGUCAAAUCUGUGUCCAGGGCAGCUGUUUACCAGCUCCAUCUGGUAUGCAGGAUGAGACCCUAUCUGCCCACAGACUGUCUCACCAGAGUGGUGCAUGCUCUAGUUAUCUCCCGCUUGGACUACUGCAAUGUGCUCUACGUGGGGCUACCUUUGAAGGUGACCCGGAAACUGCAAUUAAUCCAGAAUGCGGCAGCUAGACUGGUGACUGGGAGAGGCCGCCGGGACCAUAUAACACCGGUCUUGAAAGACUUACAUUGGCUCCCAGUACGUUUCCGAGCACAAUUCAAAGUGUUGGUGUUGACCUUUAAAGCCCUAAACGGCCUUGGUCCUGUAUACCUGAAGGAGCGUCUCCACCCCCAUCGUUCUGCCCAGACACUGAGGUCCAGCGCUGAGGACCUUCUGGCGGUUCCCUCAUUGAGAGAAGCCAAGUUACAGGGAACCAGGCAGAAGGCCUUCUCGGUGGUGGCGCCCACCCUGUGGAACGCCUCCCACCAGAUGUCAAAGAGAACAACAACUACCAGACUUUUAGAAGACAUCUGAAGGCAGCCCUGUUUAGGGAAGCUUUUAAUGUUUAAUAGCUUAUUGUAUUUUAGUGUUUUCUUGAAAGCCACCCAGAGUGGCUGGGGAAACCCAGCCAGAUGCGCAGGUUAUUAUUAUUAUUAUUAUUAUUCAGUCUGCUUUUACAAAAUCUACUGGCACAUUUGGAAAGCUAAACAGGGUCCAGUUUGGUUUCUAAUUGGAUUGGGGUGGGCUGUGUGUUGAGAUCCCUACUUUAUAGGGGGUUGGAGUAGAUUUAUUCAUUCAUUCAUUCACUCUGGGCGGCUUCCAACAAAAUAUUAAAAUACCGUAAUGCAUGAAACAUUAAAAGCUUUCCUAAACAGGGCUGCCUUCAGAUGUCUUCUAAAAGUCUGGUAGUUGUUCUCUUUGACAUGUGGUGAUAUUAUUAAUAUAAUUAACAAUAAUGCAAGAUUAAUAACAUGCAAGAGAAAUCAGACCGGCUUUCCUUACUGUCCUUUUGCCACACUUUCUUCUUCCAACCGGCUUUGGGGAAUUCUAUAAACCUGUGUCCUGUAAUAGACCAUAUAUUUAUCCUUUUAAUGCUUAAUUGUUUUUUAACGGCUGCUCUCCCACCCCAAUGGUUUUUUAGCUCUUUCUGCUUCAGGUUUGAGCUGCCCUGAGUCCCUGCCAGAGAAAGAGGCAGGAUAGAAACGAACAUAACCAUAACUGUACAAUGGAAUCAUGAGGCAGGAAGUUCCGCCGGAGCUUUUGCUAGUUUUAUUUGGUUGGUGUGUGACGCUCCCGCCUCUUUCCUCCCGCCUCCAGGGGGCAGCGCGCCCGGAAGCACCCCCAAGAGUCAGACAACACCACCUUCAGCGGGGCGGAGGACAACUGCGACAGCCGCUCCCACCUCAGCAACGCCUCGGCCCCCAGCCAGAUCGAGGCCGGGCCGAGCUGCAAGCGCUCCCGGGCCUCGGACGAGUCGUGCGCCGAGCCGGAGACCUCGCACGAGGGGGGCCGCCGGAGCCCCGAGCCAGGGGCCGAGUCCGGCAGCAGCGAGAUCGAGCUGGUCUUCCGGCCCCACCCCGUCCUGAUGGAGAAGGGAGCCUACGCCCAGACCAGGUGAGCAGCGGGCAGCGGGAAGCCUCCCGACCCGUCCAGGGGGGCUCGCAAGCACACCCACCCCAGUGGGAAGCCACCUCAGGCGCUGGGGAAGGUUGCCGGGGGGUCGUUGGGCUGGAAGGGUCCCCCGGCGGUUAUCCCGGUGGCUGGGGAAGCCCAGCCAGAUGAGUGGGGUAUGUUAACAGAGAAAUAAAACAAGGACACCAGCCAGGAAGACCAGAGCAAAACAGCAGCCAGUCGGCUUGGUCUUUACGGAAGACUGUUGCGACAGGACUCCCACCUGCCACCAGGUGGAACAAGAUGGAAGCCCCGAACAAAAGAGCACCCAAACUUUUAUUAGCUGUUAACCCCCAUGUUUAGGGGGAUGCGGGUGGUGCAGUGGGUUAAACCAGACAGCCUAGGACUUGCCGAUCAGAAGGUCGGCGGUUCGAAUCCCCACGAUGGGGUGAGCUCCCAUUGCUCGGUCCCUGCUCCUGCCAACCUAGCAGUUUGAAAGCACGUCAAAGUGCAAGCACUCCGGCGGGAAGGUAAGCGGCGUUUCCGUGCGCUGCUCUGGUUCGCCAGAAGCGGCUUAGUCAUGCUGGCCACAUGACCUGGAAGCUGUACACCGGCUCCCUCGGCCAAUAAAGCGAGAUGAGCUCCGCAACCCCAGAGUCGGUCACAACUGGACCUAAUGGUCAGGGGUCCCUUUACGUUAAUCCCUAUGUUACACCUCCCCAAACUACAUCACGGUUACAUCAUGAAAGGGGAGGUCUGGUGGCAGUAAUCUGAGCAUCCUGGACCCUGCCCCUUGCCCUCCACCAAACACCCAUCAAGUGAAACAAAAGAGAUAUUUACAUUUCUCUGUUUCCCAGCCAAGUUAAUAAUUAUUUGUCUUCAUCUGGGUUUGUUAUUUCUGGAAUGGCUACCUCUCUGGCACUCAGGUAUCAGGAUGCCAGGAAUUAUCCCUCAGGCAGAGGGGCUGCUGAGCAGCUGAUCUCACAUGUCUAUAUGGAUUUCUGAAGUUUUCCCAGUGAGCCAGUACAUAAAUGCAUUGAUCAGCGAAUUCUUACAUUUGGUACAUUCUUACAUUUGUGCAGCAAAGUCCCUUUGAAUAGAUAGGAAGAAACUGUGAUGAAGUGUUUUGUGGGGACAAAUCACAAAAGUCACAAAAGUGAUUGUGCUGAUUUUGGUAGUGGGCUGCAUGUGCAGGAUAUCUGCUGGAGGGGAAACCCCCCCAACUUAUACAUAAAUUCCUGCAACAGGUAUAAAUAAUAUAUUAUUAUUAUUAUUAUUAUUAUUAUUAUUAUUAUUAUUACUAUUAUUACAGGCAGCCCUGUUUAGGGAAGCUUUUAAUGUUUGAUGUAUUUUAAUAUUUUGUUGGAAGCCGCCCAGAGUGGCUGGGGAAGCCCAGCCAGAUGGGCAGGGUAUAAAUAAUAUAUUAUUAUCAUUAUCAUUAUCAUUAUUGUCAUCAUCAUCAUCAUCAUCAUCCAAUCCAACCCUCAGCCCAGCCUCUCGUUCCAGCAUCUCCAAGGAAGGGGAUCCCACCGCCGAGUCCUAAGACCCCCCCUCGACCCCACAACUUCCUCCCCGCACCCCUAACUCUGCCUCCCCCUCCCCGCCAGGUACGUCAAGACCACGGCCAACGCCACGGUGGACCACCUCUCCAAAUACCUGGCCCUGCGCAUCGCCCUGGAAGAGGCACCGGGGGCCGGGUCCGAAGCCCCCGCCCUGGAGGACGUCAGCGAGAAGCAGUACACCAUCUACAUCACCACAGCCGGGGGGGCCUUCACGGUAACAGGCAGGGGGGUGCAGGACAUUGAGGAGGAGGGUCUCCCCACCCCCCACCCCCAAGGGAUGAAGGGUGUCGCACCCCGCAAGCCGAGAGGAGGUAGAGGGGUUCUGGGUUUGAGACCCUGAGAUGGAACUGGUUGCUGCCUGGCUGGGCUGGUUGAGCUUCCCUGGGGGAGGAGCUUUUUGGGGGGGGCGGUCCCAGGACCAGGGUUUUCCUUCUCCUAGACAGGCUACUUUAUUUGAUACGAUGCAAUAAGAGCAUAGAAAUAUAUUUAAGGGUUAAUCCGUAUACCGUUUGCUUGCUGAAAGGGCUUCUAAGCUGUUUGCAGGGGUAAAGAUAAAAUGGCACGUUGUUCAAACCCACGACAGGAGGACGGCUCCGUCUGAGCCUUAAAAUAAACGGGGGCUGCAAGGAUUGUUUGCACCGUCACGGGUCAGCUGGUCCAACCUGCUGCCAUUUGCCCAACCCGGCACUCGAACCCAGAACCCUGAGAUUGGGAGUCUCUUGCUCUACCCACCGAGUUGUCCCUGGCCCACAAAAAGUGUAAAAAGUAAUGGGGUUAAAAGACAAAAAUGAAAAGGAAGCUGUAGGCUUCCUUAAUUUUAUUUUAUUUUAUUUUAUUUCUAUCUUUUUCCUUUUUAUUCUUUUUGUCUUUCUCUCCUCUUUCACUCCAUUUAUUAUUUUUAUUUUUAUUAUUUAUUAUUUAUUAGUAGUUCGGUUUUCAUUUGUUUCAUAUGAGAUAUAUAUACGAGAAGCUCCAGGUUUCUGUUCCGCUGCCGGCAGGUUGCCAGUGCAGAUGGGGGAAUCUCAUAUUUUGCCAAUCUAUUUUUUUGGUGGUGGUGGGGAAAUAAUUUUUAUUUGCAGAAUUAUAACGUUACAAAACGCAUAUCCAUAUUUAGAGAUUUCUCUGAACUCCCUGGGUCCUUUUCUCAACCUUUCCAACUGCAUAUUAUCCCAUAAUCCAUGUUUUACAUCUCUCCGUCUUGCCCAUGAUAAUUACAUUUCGCCAAUCUCAUUAUGCUGCGAAACCCCCUCUCCCCCGAUAUCUGCAUGCACAGGGCGGCAUGCAGAUUUAAUAAACAAAAUAAAAAUGAACGUUUCUGCGGGGAAAUGGUCUGCCUCACUGCAAGCUGAUAGCCACAGCAGUCCGCUUUUCCCUUUCCUUGCGAGGAAUCCUAUUGGGAAUAAGGGAAUUUCCCUUAAAAAAAGGGAAACGUUGACAGCUGUGCUGAUAGCCCCCCUGCCCGUCUGUGGUGAAAGGGGGCAGAAGGGGGGGGCUUCUCUUACUUCUGCACUCCCAACGCCGCCGCCUCUCCUUUUUCCCGCAGACCCUGAACGGAUCCGUCACGCUGGAGCUGGUGAACGAGAAGUACUGGAAACUGAGCAAGCCCCUGGAGUUGUACUAUGCCCCAACCAAGGAGCAGAAAUGAGGGCCGAGGACCCCCCCCCCAAGACUGUUGGGCUAACAGGAAGAGAGGGGGGCACCGGCAUGCCCCCCCCCCACCGCCACGGGGACUCAGACGAGGAGGAGGAGGAAGACGAAAGCGCUUUGCAAGGGGUGGGGGGUGCCCAACUGGCUGAAACUGCCCCCCACUCCACCGCUUCCGGCACACUUAGCCCCCCCACCCAGAAAGGACUGAUGCCCCCCCCCAAAGAAGGCUGGGGGGUGGGCGAACGCGAUGGCACCUCUCAAAGGAUGGGUGCCCCCUCCCUGUGCAGGGAUGAUGGGGGGGCGCCUUGCAAUGGUGGGGGGCAAAGGGGGGGGUGCUGCUGCUGCUGCUGCUGCUUGGACCAGAUGUUUCUCUCUGGCCUUUUUACAGCUGUUUUCUCUCCCCCCCCCUUUUGUGGAAUUUAAUUCAUCAAGGAGUUUUUUUGCCUCUUUGAAAGACUGGAGCCUCUCUCUCUCUCUCUCUCUCUCUCUCACACACACACACACACACACACACACACACACACUAGGAGAUGGGGCCGGGCCGGGUGGGCAUGCAGACCCCACAGUCACAAAAUUGUAGGGCUGGAAUGGAACCCCAGAGGUCCUCUAGUCCAACCCCGUGCAAUGCAGGAGUAUCAGCUAAAGCAUCCAUGCCAGCUGGCACUAAUAAUACAUGAAAUGUAAUUUAUUUAACCCGUUAGAGAGGAGCCUGGCAUUACUUCCGACCUCAGUCAUAGAAUCGUGGACCCAGAAGGGAACCGCAGAGGUCAUCUAGCCCAACCCCGCGUAACGCAGGAAUAUGCAGCUGUUCCUUAAGGGGCUGGAACCUUGAAAGCCCUUGCCUUAACUGGGCAGUUGGAGCCCCUGGCCCUGCCUCGUAAUCCGGCAGGUACCUGCCGUGUGAGGUUUUAAGCAAACGGCCCUCCUCACCCCUUCUCUCUCUCGGGCCUCUGGCAAACUCUGGGAAAUCUCAAGUUGCUAGAUCUCAAGGAACUGGAUAUUUCCCCCCCCCCCCGUGCUCACUACUCCAAAAACACCGGGGUGUUUUGCUGCCACAAACUGAGAGGUAUAGCCAGAUCAAUGACAACACAACACAGGAGACGGGUCCCCUUUUUUCAUGUGUGUCCCCACCCCAAAUGCUGCGUUAAGGUGUGGAAAAUUGCAGUUUAACUCUGCAAAGGCAGCCGUGUUGGACACUUGCUUGGAAGGGCGAAGGGUCCGGCAGGGACGCAGCCCUGUGGCUCAGGGGCAGGACACCUGCUUGCACUGCAGAAUGGGGGCCUUGGUUCAAACUCUAUCACAGACCUCAACACACACUCAGUGCUUGUGAGCUUAGCAGCCGCAAAGGAACAUUUCUCCCCCCUAAAAAAUAAUAUUUUAAAAGCUGAGCUGCCCGUUUGGUUCUGGAAACGGCUCUGGGACUCCUGUUAAAAAACCCCUUCUGCUUAGGAAAGGCAGCAAGAUGCAGUUGGUUGAGGGUGGGGGAGAGGCCUCCACAGCUGAGUGGUUAGAGCACCGGGAGGUUCUGGGUUCAAAUCCUGACGGUGGCAUCUCCAAGCUGGGCUGCCGAAAGCACAAAACCUGCCUGAAAUUUUGGAGUCAGAAUCGGCUGGCAGAGUGGGCAGCUCUGGGCGGCAAGGACCCCAAAGCCAAAGAAAGAAACCGCAAAGCGCGUCCGAAGGCAUUUUGCCCUUUAUUUUUGUGUCAACAAAUCUCCUUUAAAAAAUGAAGCCUGCAGGCACGACGGCAGGCAGGUUAGGAAGAGGAAGGCGGAAAAAGGGGCUUGGAGAAAGGGGCUUGCUUUGCGAGGGCAGAGUUGGAAGGGACCCCCAGGGGCCAUCUAGACGAACCCUCUGCAAUGCAGGAAGCGCAGCUUUAGCAAAAGCAAAUAAGAAAUGGUUUGAAUGCAGACUCCUCUUUUGCAGGAAAAUCUUGUCCCCCACACAGGAAGGUGAACCCGCACCCAGGACCUUAGCAUUCUCCUUAGUUUUUAUUUUAAAGAAAAGUCUUAAUAAAAGCAUAUAUACAAAUGUGUAUACCUCUCUUUAAAAACCUGGAGAAAAGGAGCCCCACGGGUAGGUUAAAAAGAGUUCCUCUCCCACAGAAUCAAAGAAUUGUACAGCUGGGACCCCCAGCAGUCAUCUAGCCCAACCCCCUGUCUCAGCUUGAUUGUAACCAAUGACAGCCAGGGGGAAUAGAGGAGGGGCAUCUUUGCACAAUGCACUACAGCGGGUUGGUCUAGAGAACCUCCUGGGGUCCCAUCUCACAGUUCUGUGGUUCCAAUCAGCUGCUGCAAAGGAGGAGGCAGCGACUUAGACGGGUGAGAGAAAUUAGCAGAGGAGGAGGCAGGGUGUGGGGAGGGUGCUGGGCUCAACAGGCCCCCUUGGGGCUUCGGGGGGGGGCAUUCCUGGAGGGUCUUUGAAGCAGCAGCAAGUCCAGGGUUGGUGACUUCGCUUUUGAUAGUUUGCGGUCUCCCCAACGGAUCCAGGAUGAAAUCGCCGCCAAAGGAGUUUGGGGAGAAAGGCGUCUUCAGAGUCAGGCUAGCGACC